CUGGCCACCAGCGACGACCGCGGCGUGCGACACCUGACCGACACCUUCACGGAGGAGCUCCGCAACGCGGGAAUCUACGGCAAUGAGCACGUCGUAACGUACGAGAACUCUCUGAACACGCUCUACGGAGCAAGCUGCAGGGCUCUCUACAUCCUGAGGCUGCUGGGCCACCCCAGAGUCUCCGUUCUAGGUGGGGGCUACGAAGGUUGGGUGCAGGACGGCCACCAUACCAGUUCUGAAAUCCAACAGACCGUGCGAGGAAGCUUCCAACCAAAAUGGACUCCUUCAAUGUGGAAGGGGAAAACGGACGUUGCAGAAGCUAUGGGAGAUCCGAACACAGUCCUCUUGGAUGUCAUUGUCUACUGUUUCAAGGGAGCACGAGCCUCAAACACUUACCUCGCUCUGAAAGACGCGGGUUUCGAGAAUGUCAGUAACUAUUUCGCAUCCUGGAACGAAUGGUCGAGAGACGACAAGCUUGAGAUUGACUCUAAACUACUCUAGGAGCAGUCAAAGACAUCAAGCCUACACUAAUGUAUUUAUUUUUCAUAAUUUCACUUGCGUUGGCACAAACACCUCAGAUUUUAUAAUUCACAGGAUGCAAAUUUGAGCC